CUGGGUUCAAGAUCUGUGCCUCCUUUCCUUGUUCCUUCUCAGUUAGCAACAAGCACCAAUACUGCCUCUACUUACUACUUGGGAGAAGCCCACAUUUCAUCAAGGUGCAGUAUCUGCCUGUCCUUCCCAAGCCAUACCUGGUUCUCUGCCUCAAGAAGCACCUCAUAGAGGUUGCCAUGAGGUUACAGUCAGAUCCAGGCUGGGGAGUGCCCCCCCAUGCAUUGGCCUGAGAAUCCCAGGAGCAUGCCUCCGACCAUGAAGAUUGAGUCUUGUUUCGACGGUACCAGUACUACGGACCCCAUGCUGGGGCCUCGUCAGGAGGCAAGGAAGCAUGCACAUAAGCAUGGCCUGGUAAAUCUUCUUCCAUGCCCCUAAGGAUGAUGCACCUUACAUGAGUUCCACCCAUGGAGAAAUGGUGUGUUCCAAGGCUUGCAAGCAAGACAAGAAAUCACACAGAUCAGUGGUACCGAGCACUGAGCCACGCAUGCCUUCCAAGUUGGCUCCCCUUAACUCAAGGGAACCGUCGAUUUCAAGACAGUCCUCUGCUCCCAUUCUGGCUACAGGGAGGUUGGAAAUGACACCGGAGCAACAUGAACUCUUUGCCCUGGGGGAACCAAGAUCUCCAUGCCUUACUCUGCUGCCUGUGCCUAUUGAGGUACGAUCUCCAACCCAGGGCUUACCUCAGUCAACUUAUGCUUCCACCUAUUUGCCUACAGUUUAUAUGGUCCACCAGUUCCAAUGGUACCAAUAUCGGAACUGGGAUCCGAGUUUUCAUCAUUGGAGGAUUCGGAUGAAGUGCAAAGGCCACUCAUCUCCUACCACCAGUACAAGUACCCUAAGGGACCACCAGCUUUGUGGCAGUACCCUUAUUUCCCCCAACAGAGGAGCCACUGGUAUCUCACUCUAUGGGGCCCUCUGCAGUAUCCGCUGGAUCCAUCCUGUUGGCCAUAUUGGGGGUCCUGGCCUCAAUGUCCACCUUUGUAGCUUUCCCAUUCAGCAAGAGAGGGUUCACCCUUAUCCUUGCUUGGGGCACCCUCAAGUAGGUGUUUGGAAACAGUUUUGGAGGAUGAGUCACUCAGUCCAGUUCUGACAGUAUUGAACAGGAACGAUUCCCAUCAUCCUCUCUAGAUGCUGCUGCGACCUCAGCUUCUCUCACACCUGCCAGUUCCAGGAUUUCCUACACAGGGUGUCUGAGGACCUUCAUAUUUCACUGGAAGAAGUACAAGGCAAGAAGCAUUAGCUUCUGGUCAUCCUUCAUGCCUUGGUACUGACCAGAAUUGCUCUACCAAUCAAUGAUGCCAUUCUUCAACCAGCUCAAACUGUUUGGCAUACCUUGGCCAUUUACACACCUAACCCACAGGAGGCAGAAAAAAGGUAUUACCUACCAGAUAAGAGGUCUGGGUUUCUAUUCUCCCACCUCCCAUUCAGUUCCCUCGUGAUCCAAAUGACAAUGGAGCGGGCCAAGUGACAGCACCCACUCUCCACCCCAGCAGACAAGGAGGGCAAGUGGCUGGACCUUUUGGGUUGCAACGUUUUCUUGUUGGCUAGCCUUCUAUUUUGGAUCUCAAACUAGCAGGUCUUAUUGGCCAACUAUGAUUUUAUCAGUAAAUUGGAGAACUUUACUGGCAAAGAUUGAGCCCAUUACCAGGCUAUCCUGGUCGAGGGCAAACUUGUCACAGAUUGAACAGACAUCAAGAACAGCGCUUCAAUCUGCUGUAAAUGCAGUGGAUACCUCUUCACGCACAAUGGCUAUGGAAAUGGUGGUGCAGAGAGAAUUGUGGCUGCAUUCGUCUGAUUUCCCCAGGGAGGUACAAAAUAGCAUAGAGGACCUCCCUUUCAAUGAGUCUCCCCUGUUUAACCAGAAGACUAACAGUUCCCUUCACUUCCUCAAGGAUUCCAGAGCCAUGUUACGAUCUCUGGUAUCUAUACCCCUGCACCCAAAAGAAAAUUCUACCACCUACACAAAGGUUCAGGACUCCCCAGUUUUUCCACCAACAACCCUAUGAACCACCUUGCAAGUGACAGAAGACCCAGAGAUCCCGUCCUCCAGGACCACCUUCACAGCCUUCAGCAUCACAUGCUCAUUUCUCUCAGAAGCGAUACUUCUGAAUGCACCUAGAGAGCCACCAACCACCUUGCCUCCUGCCAUGCACCUGACCUACCCCCUUCGGGGUGGUCUAGCACUCUUUUUACCAGCUUGGAGUGCAAUAAAAACAGAUGGGUGGGUCCUGGAUGAUGUUCCACAUGACUAUACAAUCGAGUUCACAAAGCUAUCUCAUCCACAUCCCCUUCCCCAGUUCCUCCUCAGGGAUCACACCCAUGACAGCAUACUCACUCUAGAGGUAGACUCUUGACUGCAGAGGGGAGUGAUGGAACACAUUUCUCUGAACUAUCAGAGCAUGGGGUUCUAUUCCACUUAUUUCUGGUACCCAAGAAGGACGGGUGGAGACCAAUCCUGGACCUCCACCAUCUUAAUUGCUUCGUCUGUAAACUCAAAUUUCAUAUGUUCACCUUAGCAGCCAUCAUGCUGGCAUUAGAAAGAGAAAGAGGAAGAGGCAUGUGGUUUAUGGUUCUUGAUAUGUAGGAUGCCUAUUUUCACAUAGACAUCCAUCCAAUCCAGAGAAGGUUCUUGGGAUCAUGGUAGGCCCUCAGCACUUCCAUUAUCAGAUCCUACCAUUUAGACUUACUAUUGCUCCAUGGGUCUUCACCAAAGUUUUCUCUGUGGUAGUGGCCCAGCUCUGGCCUCCGAUCUGUCCACCAUUAGAGGAAGGAGAGCACUUUGGGGGAUUGUCAGCAGAAAGUCCAUGGUAUGUCACUUGGGUGAAUAGACUCUCUGGAGCCACAGCUGAAGACAGUGAAGGCGGUGGCCAAGGAGGGAUAGGCAAGUCCUGACCAGAACAGGAGGACUGUUAACUAAUUGGGCAACAAGUUCCUGCAGGAUCUGGAAUCUGUCCCUUGGCAUGUAGGCUCAUGCUGAGACCAUGUUGAUAAAGGUCCCUAUGAACUCCAGGGACUGUGUGGGCACCAAACUUGAUUUUUCGACAUUUACACUUACACCCAGGGAGAAAAUGAGUCUGAGUAACAUGGAGGUCGAGGCUUGAGCCACAUCUCUUGAUCGCACUGCUAGUAGCCAAUCAUCGAGAUAGGGGAAUAUAAGGACCCCAUAUGCCAGAUAUGGGCUGCUGGACAAUGCUGUGAAGAUGGUAAACUUUAUAAAAGCUCUCCCUUGAAUUCCAAAAUCUUUUCCACUCUGUUAUGAGAUGGGGAGUGAGCACGUCAAUCUAUCGCUCCACAUAGAGGUUCGAUGGCUGUCAUGAGGCCAGGCCAUGGCAUGUUUCUUGGAACUUCAUUCUGAGGUCAAGGUAUUCUUUACAGACCACUCAUUCCCUCUCUCUCACUAUCUGCAUUAUUCAGUCUGGCUUUUACGAUUGGGAUACUUGUCAUAUAUAAUUCUCUCGCCUGAAUGAUCUAAAUCUAGGACUUCAAGGGCUGUGGAGUUGGAGUUAUGGAAUCACUGAUAGGAUCACCUAUUUGAAUGAUGAUGAAAAAAAGCUGGAAUUCUGGGCUCGCUGAGUGGAGAAAAACAACACUGACAUUUUCCCAAACAUGCAUGAAUUCCUGACAACAAAUGAAUUACGGUUGCAGGACAGUGUUAAAGCUUGGGAGUCACCUAAUUCGAAUCGAUAUGAGCAAUCACUCGAAGAAAAAAUGGUUACUCACCUUCUCAUAUACAGUUCUCUAUAACUGUUCUUCGAGAUGUGUUGCUUGUAUCCAUUCCAAAACCACCCGCCUUCCCCUCUGUCAGAGUAACUGGCAAGAAGGAACUGAGGAGGCACCAGGUCAGCAGGGUCAUGUAUUGAGCGCCAUGGAGGUGCCACUCCAGGGGGCUCCACAGGUGACCCGAUGGGUGCUGCUAGGGGAAAAACUUUCUGACUAUGCACGCAGUGCGCACACACCUAAUUGAAAUGGAUAUGAGCCACACGUCUCGAAGAAAAAGAGUUAUGAGAAGAUGAGUAACCAUUUUUUCUUUAAGAUGUGUGGUCCCUAUCUGUAUUCCAGUUCCACCCUCCGUCUCCUCUAAUGUGGAUCUGUUUAAUUUGCAGUGGAGAAGGGACCGGAGCAUGGUUGGUCCAGCCAGCCCUUUAUCGCCUCAAAGUAAACUAUGAGGCGAAGCAAUAGCACAUGCAUGGACCAACGGACGCUACUUUCAAAUUCUCCAGCUCUGGACACAUGGUGCUCAUGUGUAAACCCUCAGUGGAAUACAGAUAGGGACCACACAUCUCAAAGAACUUCCAGUUACAGGUAAGUAACCUCCUCAUCUAAGGCCAGAUCCUGCAAGCUGCAGAGCAUCUUCUGUGAGGUGCUGCAUGUCCUCAAUUCUUACUGAAGUCAAAUCACUUGCACGCUCAUUGAAGGGACGUUGUGCAUGGAAGUCAAUGGAAGGUGAAGGUAUUCAGCGCUUUAUAGGUUUGGAUUUACCGUUUGUAUGUUUGUUUGACUUGAUUUGGCUACUUAUUUCCUACAGUUUCUUCCUUUGUGUGAUAUAAUCCUGCUAAACAGCUAUUGAGGAGCCUCUGAAUGAGCAGAUAACCUGUCUCCUCUGUUCAGGUUCUGACACAGUGCCACUCCCCACAGAAUCUGAGCACCUUCCAAACGUAUUAAAGAGAACACAAGGAGAUCUCUUCAGAGCAGAGCAUCUAGUUAACCUCUGAGAAAUCCCUCUCAUAGGUCAGCAAAUAUAUCCAUUCCUAUGUGUUAAUGACUUCAUGAAAGUAGCACUGUUCAAUGGAAAUGAUAAGAUUGAGUUACCUUAUGGAAUAAAGAGAGCAGAGAGUUAUUUUCACCUAGCCCUUUCAAGACUGCAUAACUGUGGACUGUUCAGUGAAGAUGAUGGUGUUUUCUGUAGAAGGUGUGUUGUUGUUGGUAAUGGAGGAGUACUUCGAAAUAAGACACUAGGGAAGAAAAUUGACUCCUACGAUGUGGUAAUAAGAAUGAAUAAUGGUCCCAUCAUAGGGUAUGAAGAGGAUGUUGGAAAGAGGACAACUUUCCGACUUUUUUAUCCAGAGUCUAUUUUUUCAGAUCCGAUUAACUAUGAUCCUAACACUACUGUAGUUCUUCUUGUCUUCAAACCACAUGACUUAAAGUGGCUCUGGAACAUAUUGAGUGGUCAUAAAAUAAAUACUAAUAGUUUCUGGAAGAAACCCGCCUUGAAAAUGAUAUAUAAAGCUAACCAAAUCAGGAUACUCGAUCCUAUUAUUAUCAGAAAAACAGCACAUGAAUGGCUUCAGUUCCCAACCAAGUUUCCCAGAAAAGAAAAACCCAAACAUCCUACAACAGGCCUAAUUGCCAUCACGCUGGCAUUUCACAUAUGCAGUGAAGUUCACCUGGCAGGCUUUAAGUACAAUUUCACUGACCGAAACAGUUCUUUGCACUACUAUGGCAAUGAGACCAUGUCUGAGAUGAUUGAGAAUGGAUACCACAACAUCAUUGCUGAGCAAACGUUUUUGAAGUUGCUUAUAGAUAAGAACUUUGUGAUCAGCUUGACAUGAGACUGAAUAGACAAUGGAAGAAUGAUGGCUGUUUUCAACAAGAUAGAUUUUAUUUUUUGUACCAUAUUUUUAUUUUUUAAAUGCCAUAUCUGCUACGAAAUAUUUAAAAGAAGCACGGAUGCCUCAUAAAGGUGGUGGUAGUGGAGUGCCAUUGUCUAAGACUGAUGAGUCGCUAUCUCCUGGCACACAAGUAGAGUGAACUGAUGUCUGUGACUCUAUUUAAUUAUGAAAAAAUACAACUUUCAGCUAAAAAAAAUAUCAGGGAUAUAUAAAAAUAUGAUGCACACCAUUUAUUUAACAAUAAGAAAAAAAUUUUCAGCAACUGAUUUCUUUUCCGUAUCUUCCUUGCCUGUUGCCCAGAGACUUGGAAGGCUAUGAAAUAAUUGAUAAAGGGAUACAAAGUCUUUCACCCCUCUCUUCUGGUUUGAAAACAGUUUAGGAUAAGUAUAUCUGCAAAUCAUUACUAUCUGAAGGAUAUCUAGUAGCUGUACAGUAUAUAAAGUGCAUGUUUAGUCUCAGUCCACCUCCCAGAGGGCAGAUGUCCACAUCAUAGAAAAUCACCUUCAUAAUUCACACAAACUGGUGAUUUCUUGUUGUCUAUCUCAACAAAGAGGCCCCAGACUGAACUGCCCAUGGACUCCUGGAUGUAGCAUGUGUACACCUGGGUUGGAGACCCGCUGGUGUAACAGUGUGGGGAAGUCUGGAUUGAUGCUGCUCAUGCUGUAUCUAAUUUAUGGAUACGUUUGUUCUCAGUGCUGUCAGUCUGAUUUAUUUCACAAGCACCUGAAUUCAUUUUUAAGAGGUAAGCACAAUCUCCUUUAAACUGUGGAAUUAUAGAAGAGUUUUAAAUAUUUGAGUUGUUUUGACACUACUGUACAGUAUUGACCAUUUUAGAUGGAUUCGCAACCAGAACACCCCAAUGAAUAUGAACUAGAAUCUUGAGUUUGUAAAUUAAAAUUUCUUUCAAACAAAA